GAAUUUCAGCACCUGCACGAGGGCCAGCGACCAUGUUUGAGGAGCAGGGAGAGGCUGGUGCAACUAAUUAAUGGUGGGACCCAGCGACCUUCCAGGCUCCACACAAUCUGGGUUUUCUGUAAUUCUCUGAUCCUGCAGGCAGCAUGCGUGAGAAUGAGGAAGAGGAAAUUUCUCAGCAAGAAAGCACUGGGGACUAUGAGGUGGAAGAGAUACCUUUUGGGCUGGAACCCCAGAGCCCUGGGUUUGAGUCACAAAGCCCAGAGUUUGAACCCCAGAGCCCCAGGUUUGAGCCUGAAAGCCCAGGUUUUGAGUCCCGAAGCCCUGGGUUUGUGCCCCCGAGCCCCGAAUUUGCACCCAGAACCCCUGAUUCAGAUUCUCAGAGCCCUGAGUUUGAACCACAAAGCCCGGGGUAUGAGCCCCGGAGCCCUGGCUAUGAACCCCGGAGCCCUGGGUAUGAAUCUCAAAGCUCGAGGUAUGAGCCCCAGAGCCCUGGGUACGAACCCCAGAACCCUGAGUUCAAAACCCAGAGCCCUGAAUUUGAAGCUCCAAGUUCCAAAUUCCAGGAAGGUCCAGAGGUGCUUCUCAGUCCCGAGGAAAAGAGUCCCCUGAGCAUCCCCUUGGGGGUCCAUCCCUUGGACUCCUUCACACCGGGGUUCGGGGAGCAGCCCGCAGCAGACCUUCCCCUGGGGCCACCUUUUGAGAUGCCCACGGGGGCCCUGCUGGCCACCCCCCAGUUUGAGAUGCUCCAGAAUCCUCUGGGCCUGACAGGAACCCUUCGGGGUUCAGGCCGACGGGGCGGUCGGGCCAGGGGGGGCCAGGGCCCUCGGCCUAACAUCUGUGGCAUCUGCGGGAAGAGCUUCGGCCGGGGCUCCACCCUCAUCCAGCACCAGCGAAUCCACACGGGCGAAAAGCCCUACAAAUGUGAGGUCUGCAGCAAGGCCUUCUCCCAGAGCUCCGACCUCAUCAAGCACCAGCGCACCCACACGGGGGAGCGGCCCUACAAGUGUCCCCGCUGUGGCAAGGCCUUCGCCGACAGCUCCUACCUGCUUCGCCAUCAGCGUACGCACUCUGGUCAGAAGCCCUACAAGUGCCCGCACUGUGGCAAGGCCUUCGGAGACAGCUCCUACCUCCUGCGGCACCAGCGCACCCACAGCCACGAGCGGCCCUACAGCUGCCCCGAGUGUGGCAAGUGCUACAGCCAGAACUCAUCCCUGCGGAGCCACCAGCGGGUGCACACUGGGCAGAGGCCCUUCAGCUGUGGCAUCUGCGGCAAGAGCUUCUCCCAGCGCUCGGCCCUGAUCCCCCACGCCCGCAGCCAUGCCCGCGAGAAGCCCUUCAAGUGCCCCGAGUGCGGCAAGCGAUUCGGUCAGAGCUCCGUGCUGGCCAUCCACGCCCGCACCCACCUGCCGGGCCGCACCUACAGCUGCCCGGAUUGUGGGAAGACCUUCAAUCGCUCCUCCACGCUGAUUCAGCACCAGCGCUCCCACACGGGCGAGAGGCCCUACAGGUGUGCUGUGUGCGGCAAGGGCUUCUGCCGCUCCUCCACGCUGCUGCAGCACCACCGCGUCCACAGCGGGGAGCGGCCCUACAAGUGCGAUGACUGUGGAAAGGCCUUCUCCCAGAGCUCCGACCUCAUCCGCCACCAGCGGACCCACGCCGCUGGCCGUCGCUGACCUGGGGCCUGGUCAGGGGGCAGAAGAGGAGGGGACGGAGCCAGAGAAACCUUUAGAAUAGCGGAAAAGCUGGAGGAGUUGAGGAUUCUAGGAGGAGAGGGGGCUAGGGAGGAGAAAGCUAUAUGCCCUGGAGAUUUAUGGGAAAUGGGUACUGAAGAGGGGUUGGAGGUAGUCCAAACAGGCAGCAGGAGGCUCUGGAAGAAUCCAGAAAGAGGUCAACAGAGAGCUGGCCUCAGCAGCAGCGUGCCCCUUCAUGGACGCCUGCUUGGCAAAGCGCUAGAUGGGGGAGGGGCGGGCGGGGAGGGUUACUUAAUUAGAGUGGGGUAGCUUAGAUCUGUAGCUACUGAGACCUUGUUGAGUCAGGAAGGGGUGAGGGGAGGUGGGAUGGGGAGUAAAGCCCAGAGGGGGCCUGGGCCUCUGAGUGCAACCCCCAGUCUCCCUUGUCCUCAGGCUUUGGAGCCCCUGAAUUUGAGUUCAAUAAAAACCUCUACGUGGUUAAAGA